AUGUCACCUGUGUGGUCAUCUGGAAAAUGGGGUCGAGGAUUUGGACUGUUGGGUACCAUUUUUGGGAACGACAGUGCAGUAAACCAGCCAAACAGUGUCUAUGGAAUCUUGUUUUAUAUCUUUCAACUGUUACUAGGUUUGACGGCCAGUGCGAUGGCUGCUCUGAUUCUCAUGACCACCUCCAUCGCAUCAGUGAUGGGCUCCCUCUACCUGGGCUACAUCCUCUACUUCGUCCUUAAGGACUUCUGCUUCAUCUGCGUCACCACAUACGCACUGAACUUCAUCUUGUUUGUGCUCAACUACAAGCGACUGGUUUACUUGAACGAGGCCUGGAAGCAGCAGCUCCAAGCCAAGCAGGACUAGACACACAAAAACAACGAUGACAAAAGUAUAGAAGGAUAACAAAUCAUCCAACACGUGGGGAAAAUGUGACCUCUGAAAAAUGUGUGACUUGCCACCAGGAGACCUUGCUUCCAAACAAAUGUUCAUUCUGUUGUGUGUGUGUGUGUGUGUGUGUGUGUGUGUGUGUUUAAAACGAAAAAAAAAAAAAAUUAUCUUUAGGGGCCACAGAUCACAGGUUCAUUGCAUUGCAAGGAAGGAUUGGAAAACAGAAACCCAAAUCUUUGUCCGCUUUGAUUUCUCGUUGGUUUUCUUUGUUCCCUGAGAUGAGAGAGAGAGCGAGAGAGAGCGGUCGGAAAGCACUUACGAAACAAACAGGAGAGGGUGUCCUUUCCCUGAGGAAUAAAUAAUGGAGAAAACAAUGUGAGAAAUUCUGUUUACUUGAAUCCACUGGGAAUGUCGUUGCUCUUUGGGAGCAGCUGAUUCCAGCGGGACGGAAUUUAAGGGUUAUAAAGGGUAAACACGAAUGAUCAUGAGGCUAAUGUACCGCUCGCAGAGAUGAUUCCACAAAAACGACGGAUUACUAUUGAAAACAAAGUGUAAUUUUUUUUAUGUUUACAGAUUUUUUUUGUUUUUUUUUUAUUGUUUUGGAAGAGGACCACUCAUAAAACAUGGAAGAAUGUGAGCUGUAUGUGUGUAGAUCAGAUUUGUCUGUGACUACUUUUUUUUUUUUUAUUCGUUUGUUUUGCAGUUCUGUAAAUAGCUGCCGCAAAGCAAUAUUCCAGACUAGUUUGUGUUUUACCGUUGAAACAUUAAAAAGUCCCAAUCUA